CAACAUUGGAGUUUGCAAGAAAAAAAAAUCUCCAUUCCUCUUACGUAAACUCAGUGGGCACCGGAUUUUUAAAAGAAGAAUCUUAAAUUAUUGUACAUUCCUACGACUACAAAUCGAAACGAAAAUGUUUUCUACCGUGGGUAGAGCUGGUCUCUUGGCCACAAAAACGGUGGUUAACAACGCCCUAGCAGAAAAAUCUCCUCAAAUUGCCGGAGCCCUCGUGAACAAACGUGAUUAUGCAGCCAAAGUUGCAGCUGGAAAAGGUCAAGGUAAGGUGGUUGCCGUAAUUGGAGCUGUCGUCGAUGUACAAUUUGAAGACAAUCUACCACCCAUCCUAAAUGCCUUAGAAGUACAAAACCGGUCCCCAAGGCUCGUCCUUGAGGUGGCGCAGCAUUUAGGAGAGAACACCGUCCGCACCAUCGCCAUGGACGGUACCGAAGGUUUGGUGCGCGGUCAGCCCGUACUCGAUUCUGGCUCUCCCAUCCGUAUCCCCGUAGGAGCGGAGACUCUGGGCCGUAUCAUCAACGUUAUUGGUGAGCCCAUCGACGAGCUCUUGGGUAUGGAUGAGUUAUCUGAGGAAGACAAACUGACUGUUGCACGUGCACGUAAAAUCCAGAGAUUCUUAUCCCAACCUUUCCAAGUAGCUGAAGUGUUCACAGGCCAUGCUGGUAAAUUGGUACCCCUUGAGGAGACCAUCAAAGGUUUCUCAAAGAUCUUACAAGGAGAGUACGACCACCUUCCCGAAGUCGCCUUCUACAUGGUUGGACCUAUUGAAGAAGUUGUAGCUAAAGCUGAAACUCUAGCCAAGAGUACAUAAACAUAAGUGAUCUUGUAACUUUAGUCAUUUUCAAAAUCAGUUAUUUAUUGGAUAUAUACUUGUUACAAUAAUAUUGCAUGACUGGUGAUUAGUUCUAGCAAUAAAUAAUACCUUAUAAAGUGAA